UCCAACUCUCGCAGUAUCCCGCAGUCGAAAUCUCGCGAGGCUUCAGCUAAUGUUCAAAUGUGAAAAUAUGAACGAUCACACAAGAUAUGCCAUUCAUGAAAAUACAUUUGAUAUCAUUUGUAUUGUUGAUUUUGAGGAAUUUCAUACAGUUUCUGUCUGCCAGGUAAAAACUUUUCAAUAAUGCAUGGAAUGUUUGAAGGAUAAUUGUGUAUGCUGUUAGUUGUUUCAUGCCGCCCCUUGUGUUAUGCUGAUGUUGUGUUGGUAUGUACAGGAAUAUCUAAUAUAUAUUUUGCAUCAAUAUGAAAGUUUAAAAGACGUGGCAGACAUGUUUGGUUGAGUUUUGGUAUUGGUUAAUGUUUUGUUUUGCUUUAUCUGUUUUGAAGAUGUGUUCGUAUCGAGUUGUUGCUCUUUAUAUACGUAAAGCGCGUUUGCAUCAUUUAUAUCUUUUUUUUUAUUAACCAUUAUAUGUUCAGAAUGCAGACCCGAGUACAGGAGCUGAGUCCUUGACCCGUACCGAGGACCCAUGCCCCCGCCCUGUUCGGGAGACCACACCUACCACUACCUCCUGCUCAGACAGACCGCCGCCUUGUCUCUGACCGCCGAUGACCUCCCGCAGUACACCCCGGAUUGCAGCCUUGCUAACCUCGUCGGCCAGUGUCUUUUUGAAGUGGCAAACUUCAUUUCUUCCAACCAACUGACCCCAGUCGGUUACGUCACCAUGGUAGCAGCUACAGAUGGAUAUGUCCGUUACAGCUACGUUAACGACAGAGGGAUGAGCGAGGCAGAUUCUUGCCGGGGACUUGAUGGGUACGAUCCGUGCCCAACUGCGCCCCCUGGCAGCAGUAGUGAGAAAGUCAUGGUGUCGCUGACUACUGUCAUGGCGUCCGCCUGGUGUCUGAUGCUUAGCUUUAUCGUAAACUAGAACAAAGGGCAAUUAUCGUUGAUAUGCCAAAAGAAACAUUAACGUAGCAGAUUUUUUAUUACCUCGAUAAUAAAUGAUAAAUUAUUUUCGUUCUAUAUGUCUCUUAGUCCGAGUGUGUUUUUAUACUUGCCUAGAUAUUGUAUAUUGACAUGAUGUAAGGCGAUAGGGGCUUGGACUAACUUGAAAGUUUGCCCUACUGUGCGGAUCGCAAUGAAUAAGGCCAGCAAACGUUUGUCGAGUUUUCGGCUUUGAGUUCGUCUAAUUUCUAGGAAAUGCUCGGUACAUUACAAACUAUGCGCAGUGGUGCAUUUACAUAUAUAAUGUGAAGCAGAAAUAUUGAUCAAAUUUCAUAAGUCGAUGAUGGAAUAAAUAAGGAAACGCAAAUAAGUCAGGUUGAUUGAGUGUGAGAUCAGCUUUAACUUGGCAUGUAGAUAUUGAA